AGCUCGCGUUUAAGAACCGCUACGUGUACUACAUCGGGAACGCUUUUACACCGAGUCUAUGAUGGUGAUAAUUCUGCUUCCUGACGCCUCCUCUUCGAAUCUCGAGGACUUCCAGGAUCGCAUCAUGGUGUCCCUGACCUCGCUCCUCGUCCUGGUGACCUUCUUCAGCCAGACGACCCAGUCCAUCCCCAAGACGUCCUACGUGAAACUCAUCGACGCCUGGUACCUGUCCCUCAUCGUGGAGGACUUCCUGGUGAUCGUGGUCCUCGUGUACAUUGAGAGGACGCGCUUACUGGAGAAGAAGGUUCAUCUCAGAGAGAAAUGCGGACAGCUGUUACUUGUUCCUAAGUCGGUCAAGAUGAACAAGUUCUUUCUGUUCUUCUUCCCCACGUCGCUCGUUGUUCUUCUUGCUUCUUUUGUUUCCAUGUUUAUAUCCAGUUUUUAAGGUUGAGAUUGAGAGCGAGAAUUGAAUUGUUCCCUCUAAGGAUCUGUGUUCUUUUUCGUAUGGCAGGUCCUACAUUCUUUAUCAGGAUCACGUAAGUUAGAAUUAAAUUAAAUAUCUUGA